AUGAUCGCUGGAGUCGCAGCUGGAAUAGCUGAAAGUGUUACUGUUGUGACCCCAGGUGAAAGCAUCAAAACCAAGAUUGUGGAAGACAGGGCAGGUGCCCGUAAGUUCACCUCCACCGGGCACGUCAUUUGGUCUACUCUCCAGACCCAAGGAGUGAGAGGUCUGUACCGUGGUGUUGUACCCGUGACGUUAAAGCAAGGCUCCAAUGCCCUUGUGAGGUUUACUUCUUACCAUGCGAUUUUCGAUGCAAUCGAGCCAUACCUUACACGGAAAGGAUAUGGAACGUUCAUAGCUCCGGCAGCAGGAGCUUUAGCAGGAAUCAUAACAGUCUACGCGACGAUGCCAUUUGAUACCAUCAAAACGAGAAUGCAAGGGUUGAGUGCAGCGAGGGGAAAGAAAGGCACCCUGCAGUUUCUCCGGUUGAUAUAUCACGAAUCAGGUGUCACCGGCUUGUGGAAGGGAACUACACCCAGGCUAUUGAGGCUCUCUGGACUUUCAACAGGUGUCUGGAGCACUGAGCUUUUCUAUUUAUCAAAAUGUGCUGGAUUUUAUGAGGAGGGGUUCGAUAACUCAGCAUCAGUAGGAGCAAGCAUUACUUAG